AUGGCUUUAACAAUCGGCGAAGUUCUAAAACAAACGGAAAAUGACGAGUACUUGGAAUACGUCAAAAAUUGUAUUUCACUCAUUUUAAGCGAGUUUGAAACUAUUUCAUAUAAAGUGAGCGAACGCUCGGUGCUUCCAUAUGAAACAAUUUUCCAAUUCAAAACUCCAAAUCGAUUCAAAAUUGAAAGUUCAGAUGAUCUCAUGUUUUGUUUGAUUACAUUAUUGCAACAAAUUGAAAGACAAAUUACAACCAAUUCCUUCAGAUUUCAGAGAGUCCUUGGGGUGCGGAAUUGUCAAGCAAACUUUUUCGAAAACAUUUCAAACUUAAAAUCGUCGGGGAUAUAUUUCAAUGAGAAAAGUAUACCUCUAUUUUUGACUCUCUUGAAGAACGUGAGUCGGAUUUCAAUACCAGACGAUUCUCAGAUCAAAAACGUUUCGUUGGUUAUUGUCAGUGAAUUUCAAAAAAAGAGUGUUGAAGUGUUUUGGGAAAUUGUUGAAACAAUGAGUGUUGAAACUCUUAAAGCUUUUGUUACUACGUUUAUUGACUUUUCAUAUACACUUCAAAGUGACGAGAAGACGUUAUUGGAUGUUUUUGUGGGUAUUCUGAUAAUGGAGGUUCCCAAAGAACUUAAACAAUUAUUAUAUCCUCUUGAGGACGAUUUUUUAAUUGUCCAAGCAUUGAAAAGACUCGAAAAUUUCAGUCUCUUCAGUUGUGUCGUUCCGCCCAAUGAUAAAGUGAGAGAAUCACCCAUGAUUGACAAUCCAUCACUUUCUCGUCCUCGUUCCGCAACGAAAACCAUUGGUAGUAUUGUAAAAUACCAAUACAUUUGUACCGAGAUUACCUCAACUUUUCAGAUUCUAUCAGAUUUUCUUGAACGGAAUGGCGUGAAGGAAUUUGUGAAAAAGUGUGGAGCAAGUGGGCUUAAAGAAAGUUACACGUAUGAUCUCCUUUUGCGAAUUUUGAGAUUCGACCCGUCUGAUGUGUCAUAUCUCCAAUCCUGUGCGGACACUUUAGUUUUGGCAAACCCGGAUGUUCAUUUGCGACAAAGUGGAGAUAUUUUCGUCAUUGAAAUUAACAACAAAAUUGCUCCACAAAUUUCUUUUGAUUUUUUCAACCCUCUCAUGUUACUUCUCACCCAAAAACAUCAACAAAACCUCUUUGAAAUGUACGUCACUCUGUGUCGGGCCAAUGACUUUCCAUUGUUUUGUGGGAAAGGGGUAGAUGGAUGGAAAGUUGAGGUAUUACUAAACCAAGAGAUUUUAAUCAACAUGUGUGCUUUGGCUACAAAAACUCCGUCACUAAUAACAUUAAUAAUAACAUUUUUGUGGCUUCGUGUGAAAAGCAAACGUGUCGUUCCACCACACCCAAUCAACAAAAGAGUUGUCUUGUUUCUAAGAUCUUUCAGCAACACGUCGACCGUUUGCGCAAAAACCGUUUGGAGACUCCUUGCAGAAUACCAAUACAUCGACGAAACACUCACCACAGAAUUUUAUAAAACGGCAAAGUAA